CGGGCUGGGCGGCGCGCGCUGCCAGCUCGCCAGCCAGAGUCUGCGGACGUCGCGAGCAGCCAUAGCAAUCCUGUGUCUAGAUGUUUUUUUUUCCGCAGGGAGAGGUUACGGGUGAGAGUUGGCGAAAGAGGGAGAGCGAGCGGGCGACCUGAGGGCAAGAUCUUGAAUUUGCUUGCAGCUUAUAUUUUAUUCAUUCGCAGAAUGUGGGCUUCGCUGACCAGAACAGCAUUUAUUGCCCAUUGCUGAAGGGGUUGUGGUGACCGAGUUAAGUAAACAAUUGAACUCCACCUGGCUGCACAAAUCUCUGAGGUUACUUUGUGGAUUUAACAUCGAGUUGAAGAAUCUUUCUUUCUGCAGAAGAUUUGUGUUUUGAAUUAAAUGGCUGAUAAACAAAUAAGUUUACCUGCCAAGCUGAUCAACGGAGGCAUUGCAGGCCUAAUUGGCGUCACCUGUGUGUUCCCAAUAGACUUGGCAAAAACACGGCUUCAAAACCAGCAAAAUGGCCAGCGGAUGUACUCCAGCAUGUCUGACUGCCUUAUUAAGACAAUCCGAUCCGAUGGCUAUUUUGGGAUGUAUCGAGGAGCUGCUGUCAAUCUUACCCUAGUUACGCCUGAAAAGGCCAUCAAACUUGCUGCAAAUGAUUUCUUCCGUCACAUACUCUCCAAAGAUGGGAAGAAGCUGACCUUGAUCAAGGAGAUGCUGGCAGGUUGUGGUGCUGGGACCUGUCAAGUAAUUGUAACCACCCCUAUGGAGAUGCUGAAGAUCCAGUUGCAGGAUGCAGGACGUCUUGCAGCCCAACGGAAGCUGAUGGCAGCCCAGGCAGUGUCAAGUUCCCCUGUGGGGAGCCCCAUCUCCAGCACAGGUCACACUACCUCUACCAACAAAUCCCAACAGACUGCUACACAGAUCACCAAAGAGCUGCUGAGGAGCAAAGGAAUUGCUGGUCUUUACAAAGGCUUAGGUGCAACAUUGCUAAGGGAUGUUCCUUUCUCCAUCGUCUAUUUCCCACUGUUUGCUAACCUUAACGAGCUGGGGCAGAAGAGUCCAGAUGAGAGAGCUCCAUUUUACGUAUCCUUCAUUAGUGGCUGUAUUGCAGGCAGCACAGCUGCUGUAGUAGUGAAUCCUUGUGAUGUAAUAAAGACAAGACUUCAAUCUCUUCAAAGAGGAAUUAAUGAAGACUCAUACUCAGGAAUAGUAGACUGCACCAGGAAAAUCUGGAGGAAUGAAGGAGCAAAAGCUUUCUUGAAGGGAGCGUACUGCAGAGCCCUGGUUAUCGCCCCUCUCUUUGGCAUUGCACAAGUUGUUUACUUCCUGGGAAUAGCAGAGACCGUGUUAGAGAUGCUUCAGAGCAGACGAUAUUAACCCAUGGAAGCACCUUUGCAAGACAUCCGGCCUGGUUUCACAGGAUGAAGUAUGUCAUUUGAAGAGCACAUUUUUUGGAGAUUAAAACUUAAACUACCGUCCUUCUGUGUCUUGCCCCUACCCCCACCUUUAUCACAGAAACAGAACUUUAUUCUGCCUCCUCUAAUCAUUCCUAACAGCCGUCAGUAUUUUUUUUUGUUUUUAUUUACAUUUUCAUCCUAGUGUUAACAAUUUAUUGUGGGUCAGUCAACCAGCACCAGAUAUUAUAAGAAUUAUUGUAAUUCUGUAACUCUUAAGUUGGUCAGUACUGAUACAACAGAAAUGUUUUAAAGGGAUCACCUCUGCAGAAAGCAGAAGGCCCUCUCAACUAGUUAUUCCCAUGUAGGGUGUAUAAGGAACAAUGCAGGGGACUGAGUGGAGUUCCAACAGCAGAGCAGUGGUUAACUGGCUUGUUAAUACUAGGCGCGGAAUUUUCCAGCCUCAUUGCAGCGGGGGCGGGGUUGCAAAAUGCAACAAGCCGUUGAAAAAUCCAUUUACUUCGGUGGGACCAUAAAAUCUAGCCAGCGUAAAAUUCUGCCCUAGGUGUUUUUGGAGUUCCGUGUCCAGGCAUUGGGUGACUGUUAUUUAAGAAAAAGAAAUGCUAACGUAGAGUUUAUCCUUUAUUGUACUGCUUUGAACGUGGUUUUGUUGGAAUAGCAGUUAAUUUGAUCUUUUUACAGCUUGGCAAUGAAAUUCAACUUGGGAAGGUACACAAAUGGGCAGGAUUGCAUUGACAUCCUGUUAGAUAACUUGCCACCUAUUCCAUUCUUUUGAUGUCAAUAGAAUUGAAUAUGGAUGGGGCAUUUAACAGCCAGCUGAUAUGAUACUACCUGCUUUGCAUCCCUCACCCAAGGCCAGUUUCAACCUCCCCACCACCCCCCAUCUCACCAAGUGUCUGGACAUCUAUAAUUCUGAAAAUGUAACUUGAAACAAAGCAAAUUUGAAGUGAAAUUGGGCAUUGCAAAAUUAGCAUUUGUACUAAACAACAUGUGGAAAGCAGAGUAGGCGGUUGGGGGCUAGCAUUGGUUUGUAUGGGCAUUCUGGUUGUCAAAGCUGGAACAGGAGAUUAAGACACCUGAGGUGGUGCAGACAGGAUAAACGAUGAAUUUGAAAUUACCUUGACUGAUUUUGAGCUUAAAUGAACUAUUGAAAGCACAAUAUUUUACUUCAAAGUAGCUCCUGAAUCGUGUUGACUGUAAAUGCAGACUACCUAUGCUGAAGCUACAUGGGGAAGUUGAUGGGUUUUCCCACUGUUGUGCACUGACGCACUUUGAGCCAAUGUCUUCUUAUCACUGGCUCCCAAAGGCCAUCUUUGGUACCUUUUGUGCUCCUGUUUGGAUGACCGGUUGUUCCCCUUAUGUUUCAAUCUCAAAAAUAACCCAAUAUCGCAGGCAGUGCUUUUGCAUGACUUGAGAGGACCUGUCUCACCUAGUAUUACUUUAACUUGCUUGUGAUGUAAGAACAAGCAGCCACCAUCAAUUCAAUAUUAAUAGAAUUUGUUUAUGAAACAUGGACAUCUGCCUCGGGAUUAUAGGCAGCUGAAUUGCCAUUAAAACUUAAUUAACAUAUGGUUACAAAAAUACUUUUAAAAUUGCACAAAAGCCAAUAUACUUUAAUCUUCAUUAAGACACUUAAUUCAUGCAAUCAAGUUGCUCCCAAUAGCUAUCAGCGACAAUGUCUGACAGUGACCAGUUGAUCAUUCAUGAGUGAUAUAGAUCAAAAUAUUUUCUUCAGUUCACCCUUCAUUCACAAAGUCAAGUGGACAAUAUACAAGAACUUCAGAGGUCCACCAUAUUUUAAAAUCCUGGCACUGCUGGGGCAGUGAUCAUAAGCAUUAAGCAGCUGACAAACUGCUGAAGCUUUGUUCUGAAGGUUUUUGACAUUACCUGAACUCCAUGAUUGAUUUACUGCCUGGUAAUGCACUGCCCCAACAUCUGAUAUCUUCUGUCUGCCAAGCCUUCUGUACAUUUGUAUGAAUGUUUGAGGGCUGAUGAGUUUAAAAAGAUGCUGCUGUAGAAUGGAACUAGAGAGGAGGCUUUUGGAUAUUCGUGUUAUCAUACAAGCUACUCGUAUUCGAUGGAAAGAAGAAACACGGGUACAAUACAUGUAGGUUUAGCUUGGGAGAAUUUUGUUUUUCUUAAAAGAACAGAGUAAUAUUUUUGUAAAGGACACCAUUUCUUCAAACCUCUAAGCACCAAUUCCUUUUGCAACCAUGUUUUAAAACUUCCUGAUGCAAUCCCUUGGGAAUGCUGGAAUGUAAAAUUCUGCUUUUUUAAAGUACAGUACUACUUAUACCUAGAUUGUCAGUAUUACUUGACCUCUGAUUCACAUGGCUCAAGAAGAUUAUAAUCCUCGUCUUUUUGGAGGUGCUGAGUACUUGUGUUUUAAUUACCAAUGAAACUGUAUGCAUAUAGGCUGAACAGGGAUUUGAGGUCAGUGUUGAUUGUCUGGAAGUAUUGAGCACAGUUGUAAGGACCAUCUGUUAAAGGACUCAUUUCUGGCAAAAAUUGUAUUUGAUACCUUAAAAGAUUUGUUCCCAUAAACGUGCAAUAUGGAUUUUAAAAAUCUGUGGGAGACCUGGGCGAUGCAGUGCGUAACACUGUCGCCUUAAACCUCAGGAAGAUGAAUUCAAGUCUGGUUUACACAUCUCUGGAUUUAAUGACCCAAUGUGAAAUGAGUUUAGGCAGCCUCACAAAACUGCUAGUAAUUGGCACUAAAUUGCCAGUCUCACUAAGAUACACUACAGGCUGACUGCUGUGGCAAGUGGGACAGUGGAGAGCAGUUUUCAAGGGUAUCUCAGCAAAAUACUGAGAGUACCUGAUGCUGAUAUUUCAUGUCCCGCCAACAUCAUUCAUCUUAAAAAGCAGAAGAAAAACUGAAUGCUUAACAUCUGAAUUAGCAGACGGAGGAAAGUUAAAUACAUCAGAUGCUUAUUGACCUGUCAAAAUUCUCCGCAUUUGCUGCUUUUGUACACUACAGUGAAACUCCAUUAUAAUGAAACACUUCAAUAGGUCCCAUAGGGUUACCAGACUAAGACUUGAGUAUGCAUAAAUGAUUGUUGGACGGAUUUCACCAGUGCAGUAUCCUAGAUUAUACUUAAUCCUGUAGUUACUCCCUAGGCCAGCCUCUCAAUUAAAACCCUGAAUUUUUUUAUUUGCCUUAAUUCCUGUUCUGCAGCAUUGAGCUAUUAUGGACAUCAUGGGUGUCCUGAGAAUAGCUUGUAUUGGUGGAAAUCUAAAUGUCCUACAGUUGCGCCCAGUUCCCCAAGGAAGUGAAAGAUGAGCUGAUUCAUGUGCCAGUACCCUUGUUGUUGGCAACCCCUGGCACGGAAUCUUUCGGUUCGGUUCACAUAUUUGCUAUCCUGAGCUCAGCCUCUUCCUUAAUUUCCUUUUGUUUGGAAGGCAGAUGAGUAAACUAUGCAUUACUUGAUCUCCCUGCAAGAAAGAUUCAGAUGAUCAGUAGUCAGAGUGAAUGAAUGAUGCACAUGUAAAACCUUGCAGUCUUUCCGCACCCCAACCUCAACCCACAUUGCUUAGUUCUUGUGUAUCAUUACUCUCACUUGGAACCAUGCUAAUUUCUGAGCACUACAGGGUUAAUUUGUAGCCCUUGCAUAAAACAAGUGAGUUAUAUAAUUAACUAUUUGUUAAUGCAUUGGUGUAAUAACUGUGCACUUGUUUUGUGAAGCAGCAUUAUGUGGGAGCAAUCCAUAAUUUUAUUUUCAUGAUAGAAUUUUUGUCCUAGAUCAAUU